UGACGUCAUCGGGCAGCGCGGAAGUGCCAAGGUUGGAAAGCAACAUCAAGUGCGGUUUUGGACGGACUACAACGAGGAUUUCUAUCGUGGCUGAUGGAAAAAAAUUGUGUGAAUGUGAUUAUUGGUGUUUAGCUGACCAGGGAGACUGUCCAGGUUUUUAGGUUAGACUGUAGAAAUCAGUAGUAGUACUCCCUCAGUAGGCUAUCUGGUCCAAGAUGAGCUGAGGAGUACCCAAUUCCCCUCGUAGCAUCAUGAAUGACAAACUGGUGUUCCUGGGCCUUCUCUACUUCGUCCAGGGAAUCCCAUAUGGCCUGCAGUCCUCCCUACUGCCAGUCUACCUGCGUGGGGCAGGCCACUCGCUCACCCGCAUCAGCCUGACCAAAGCCCUCUAUUUCCCCUGGGUCCUAAAGGUCCUGUGGGCACCACUAGUAGACAGAGCGGGGACCAAGCGCUGUUGGCUGGUCGGGACCGUCACAGGCUUGGCGCUGACAUGCCUGGCCAGUGCCUCUUUGUCUCCGGACCUGCAGUUCUUGGGGGUGGCGGGGGCACUGCUGGUAAUGAACGUGCUGGCUUCCGUGCAGGACAUUGCUGCAGACGGGGCCGCCAUCAGGCUGCUGAAGGGGCAGGGCGAGUUAGGUCUGGGCAACACCGUGCAGGUGGUGGGCUACAAAGCCGGCUCGGUGUUCGCCGGUGGAGGGCUGCUCGCCGUGAUCGACGUGGCCGGCUGGGGAUGGAUGUUUACCCUGCUGGCGUGCGUGUACGGAGGGGUGGCACUGUUCGUGUGGGGAGCGCCCAUCCUGGAUGGCGAGCUGUCGAAGCCCGCCGGGGAGGGCAGGAGGGCCUCCAACGAUGCCCUGCGGCCCUGGAAGGUGUGGAGGAAGCUGAUGUCUGUGCCAGGGACGCCGUGGACCGUCCUCUAUGUCCUCACCUACAAACUAGGUGAGCAGGGAGCCAUCAGCAUGUUCCCCCUCUUCCUGCUCGACCAUCACAUGACCUCGCGUGAGCUGGGCUUCUGGAACGGCAUCAUCGCCAUGGGCUUCUCCAUCGCCGGCUCGUCCAUCGCCGGCCUACUGCUCUCACAGCACAGCAUCGGACUGCUGAUGAGGCGCGUGUUUGUGAUGAGGACAGUGGGCAUGAUCCUGCAGAGCUCCCUGCUGACCGUGCUGGAGCCCUCCCUACUCAUGAAGGGCAUGUCGGUGUUGAGUCUCAGUGCUCAGCAUUUCCUGGGGGGCCUCAUCACCACCCUCACCUUCACCAUCAUGAUGCACUGCACCCAGCGGGCAGAGGAGAGCAUCCAGGCCACCCACUACAGUUUCCUGGCCACGCUGGAGGUUCUGGGGAAGCUGAGCUUCAGUGCGCUGUCGGGGGGGUUGGUGGACUGGGUGGGCUUCGCCAUCGCCUACCUCCUCUUCUUCUCGCUGUCUGCGGCCUCUGCUCUCCUGGUGUGGAAGGCCACACUGACCGGACCUCUCAAAGAGCAGACCAACACCAGCCACAGUGAAAAGUGAAAGAAAAAAAACAUCACUGUACUUCCUUGGUGCGUGUGUGUGUGUGUGUGUGUGUGUGUG